AUGAGCUCCAAGCCUUCACCAGUUCUUAGUCAUGCAAAUGAAGCCUCUGACAACUGUCCUGCAUGCGCUGUCCCUUCCUUGCCGUUCCCCCUGAGAAGGAAAGGGCGAUAUCUCUGGUCCCGCUGCGUGGAAGGUCGUGCGGCGCCCACCCGCCUCCAUUUCCCAUCCCCCUGCCUCCCUCCGUCCGUCUUCUCCCUGCUCUGCAGCCCUGUACUGGACAUUCAUCAUCAACUGCUUCGCCGAGCAGUCGUGGCGGUUUGCAGGGACAGCUUCGCUCGUGUUAUUGCAUCGCUCGAUACUGCCGGUGGCUGUGGCGAGAUUCGUGAGCCAGGUCGUUCCCCUUCCCUGCUUUCUUCCACUUAUCGUCCACCUCUUCUCCCGCACGUUUUCACCCGCCAUUCCCCUCCCCCACGUCUUCUGCAACGCAACGUGCAGCUGGUGGCGUGUGUGGCGGCGCCACUGGUGGGUGACCUAUUGGACUCCGCUCCAAGGGUACCCAUUCUCAGAGCGAUUCUCGUCUCUCAGUCCACGGCCAUCAUGGUGGGAGCAGCAGCCACCAUGCACGCGCUGCACCUCGCCUUCCCUAACGCCGCAGCAGCAGCUGUUGCCGGCACAGCCGGCACGUCAGCGUUGUGUGCGCUGCCGGCAGCGGCGGUGCUGCAGCAGGGGUGGUUCGUGGUGGUGGUGGUGGCGGGUGCGGUGGAGCGACUCAUGGGGCUGGCGACAGGCGUGGCUGUGGAGAUCGACUGGGUGCUUGUCCUGGUGGGGGAGGAUCGGCCAGUGCUCAUGGCGAUGGCCAUGGCUACGCUAGGGAGGGUGGAGCUCCUGUGCGAGGUUGCGCAUCUCCUUUUCACCUCUCCCUACUCCGUAGCCUCUGCCCACUCUCACUUGCAUCCCUUUCGAUUCCCCCUCUCGCUGCUCGCCGUCCCCAUUCUGCAGGUGGCAGGGGCGUUCAUAUUCGGGGCACUCAUUGCCACUUAUGGGCCGUUAGUCUGGGUGGGCAUGGCGGUGAUAGGCGCAUUCAGCAGCGCCGGUGCGGCCAUGGGCUUCGCUGCCUCCUUCAUGUCGCCUGCACUCGUGGCACACCUCGGGAUUCUGCAGGCGGGCAGCAUCGCGCUUCUCUUCCAGGCCACCUUGCUCGCCCUCUCCGUGCUCGACUUCUCCUCUCUCCAUCUCUGCCCUUCCUUUCUGUACCAAUGCCUGCUCAUGCUCUUCCUCAUGCUUCUGGUGCUCUCUCGCAUGGGCCAGGGGGUGUACCAAAUAGUUGCAUGUCAAAUCAUUCAGGCUGUUCCAGCAGCAUCAGCCAACCUGUUUGGCACCACGGAGAUGGCUCUGGGCAGCCUAGCAGAGCUCGCCAUGCUCACCCUCGCCAUAGUCUUCCACGAUCCCAAGUAUUUUGGCGCCCUUGUGCUCAUGUCCUUGGCUGGGGUCGUUGCUGCUGCGGUGCUCUACUUCUCCUGGCUGGCCUUUCCCGACCAUAGGCUGCAGAUGCUGUUUCCAAAUCAACCAAAUGUUCAGUGGAGAAGUGUGCUGUGGGGGGAAAUGGGACAGGGGGAAAAGACAAAGGGAAAAGGUUUUGCUGGGUGA